UUGCUUUGUCAGCGGUGUCCCCGCAGCAGCACAUCUCAGGACUUCACGUGCUGCUGAAUCAAACCUUGGACUUUUACCUCAGAGAGUGACUUAUCACACCGACAGUGCUCUUUAUCAGCAUAUUCCUCUAUCUCAGCUUUUCUCGGCCGGCCCCUUUGCGGACCUUUGAGCGGGGGCACGUCGGGUUCACAGGGUGUUUUUUCUAUCUAACGGAAAGAUGACGUUAAAUUCCAAUAAAAACGAACCUGCUGAACUGGAGUCGAUGAGCAGCGUCCGGACAGCUCUGUCCGACCUGUACCUGGAACAUCUGCUGCAAAAUAAACCAAAGGCUGACAAGGCUUCUGUGCACAUCUAUGAGAGUAAGGGAGCUGAGGUUUACACUAACGGUAGUGCAGGACUCGUGAACGGCACAGAACUGACCAGGAUGAAAGAAGUGGAAUUUGAAAAGAAUGCUUCAGAGCCCAUGGGGGUCACUCUGAAGCUGAACGACAAACAAAGGUGCACCGUGGCCAGAAUAUUGCACGGAGGCAUGAUCCACAGACAAGGCUCCUUGCACGAAGGGGAUGAAAUAGCAGAGAUCAACGGCAAAAGUGUGCUGAACCAAACUGUAGAUCAGCUCCAAAAGAUCCUGAAAGAAACCAACGGAGUAGUCACUAUGAAGAUCGUUCCCAACGUGCUGAGUCGAUCCCGAGCCUGUGAGGUGACCCUACUGUUAGUCAAUGAACAUCCCAGCGGAACCAACUGUUACACCACUCUCCGUCUACAGGUGUACAUGCGGGCCCAGUUUGACUAUGACCCCGCUAAGGAUGACAUCAUCCCGUGCAAAGAGGCAGGACUCAAGUUUCAAACUGGUGACAUCAUUCAGAUCAUCAACAAGCAGGACCCUAACUGGUGGCAGGGCAGAGUGGAGAGCAGUGUUGCUGACUUCGCUGGACUCAUCCCCUCCCAGGAGCUGCAGGAAUGGAGAGUGGCAAGUAAAAGCAAGGCCAAACAGGGCAACCAGUCCUGCAGCCCGUUUGGAAAGAAGAAGAAGUGCAAAGACAAGUACCUGGCUAAACACAGCUCCAUUUUUGACCAGCUGGAUGUGAUUUCUUAUGAGGAGGUUGUCCGGCUCCCUGCUUUCAAUAGGAAAACACUGGUGCUUAUCGGUGCGCCUGGCGUAGGAAGGAGCCAUAUUAAAAAUGCACUAUUGACCAAAUACCCUGAGAAGUUUUCCUACCCUGCACCACACACCACCAGACCCCCACGUAAAGAGGAGGAGGAUGGACAGGAAUAUUAUUUCAUCUCCAACGAAGCCAUGACCAAGUGCAUCUCAGGAAAUGAGCUCCUGGAGUACGGCAGCCACCAGGGAUUUAUGUUCGGUACCAAAAUUGAGACCAUCCAGAAGAUCCACGAGCAAGGCAAAAUAUCUCUGCUGGAUGUAGAGCCCCAGACCUUGAAAGUCUUGCGGACUGCUGACUUUGCACCUCUCGUGGUGUUCAUUGCUCCGACCAACACAUCUGCCCAGACGGAAAACCUGCUGAUGAUCAAGAAAGAGUCGGACGCCAUUUUGGCCACAUAUAGACACUUCUUUGAUGUGGUUCUCGUCAACAACGACGUGGACGAAAGCGUGAGAGGUGUGGAGGAGGCCAUGGAGCGUGCCACCACCACCCCGCAGUGGGUGCCUGUAUCCUGGGUGUACUGAUAGAGGUCCGGCACCAGAGUAAUACCGUUUUUUAAAAAGCAGUGCAAUAUCACUCCUUACGCGACACGAGUUAGUGAUGUCUCUGGGUUAACUUUUCUUAAUUGUCACUGAGAUUUUUCCUUUUUGCACAAAUGCAUCCAAAAAAAAGCAAUAGGUGGAGAUGUUUAGAACCUCACCAGGGAUGUGUUUGCUUGAUUGUGUAGACACGUGUGCUUCAGGUUUUUUUGAAGGUCGUGGGAUAGUUUUGGUGAUGCACAUCUUUGCGAUGGUUGGGGAACGUGUGAAAAUGCAAAAUAGGACCUCAACUGUGAAUGAAAUCCUCUUUUUAAAUGAAAGGAUUUUAUCAUGUUAAACAAUAUUUCUGGAUUCACUGUCUGUUAUUUUGUUUUCUCAUUAGAUUGUGCCAUGAAACUGAGAUCCUGAAACUGUUUUUUCAGCGCGUCUCACUCCAUACGACUAAAAUGUCUUCUACACCAUGCUUUUCUGUCCCUCAUUGAAAACCUCACUUGUCUUGUCUCAUCAAAAUUGUAUACCUCAUGGGGUACUGUUAAGGCACUUUUAAACAAAACAAUAAAUUUCCCAGCUCUGUUGAAAUUGA